AUGGAAGAUUCCAGCUUGUUAUCGUACACGGCAUCGCUUCAUAUACAGAAUAACAGACCACACAAACCUCGUUUGGUGGAACUGUUAGCUCUUGUGGUUGUUGUUUCUCAAGUUGGCUCCACCGUCUUGACUCCGCUAUGGAUUGAUUCAGUCCGACAGGCAAGCCUCAUUCGGAGGGCUAACAAAUCCAGAAGUUGGAUCAGAAGCGAUAGCGUAGGCGGAGAAAUUUACAACAAUAAAUUACAAAGACAUGGAUUACUAUUCGAAACUGUGGUGUUGGACGAAAACACAAGUUCUGUAAUCUACAAUGUUACAACAGCGUACAAACUGUCUCACCACGUUGCUGGUUUUUUCAUACUGAUUUUUGUCAGCUCUGUGCAUGUGAUUUGUUUCGGACUGACCCUGCUGGCGUUUCUAAAGUUGUAUCCUGGGAAGUAUAUCACUGAAAGAGAGCUGUUCUACCCUAAAUCGGAGUUUGUUAUUGUGGGGUUGUGCUCUGGGCUGGCUUCCCUGUUGUUGGUCUACUCCAGCAGUGGUGCCAGAACAGCGCCUUACUUACAAGCUAUUAUUGCUAACUUCUCAAUUCCCAUCACUUUCACAACUAGAUUUUUUUUGUUGAAGAAAAAGCCAACACUCAGGAAGUUGAUCUGUGGAAUUGUGAUUCUGUUGGCGGAGGUGUUGUCACUGUUACCCACAAUAUUCCCUCAGUUAGAGCCCCACAAGGCAGCUGUAGAUGAUGGUGGGGAUCAGAAAGGAGCAGGCAGAGUUCUUUGGCCUUUGUGCUUCAUGGCCUCUUUUGUUCCCACGGCUGUUUCGAGAUGCCUGGUGGAGAGUAAUCUAAAGGGAGAGACGAAGGUGUAUCCCACCCGAGUCCAGAUCAAUCCUAUCUACUUCCUCUUCUGGCAAUACUUGACUGCCACCAUCUUUCUGGGGUGUGUCUUCUGGGUGGACAUUAUACCCGGGUUUGGCACCUCCAACAAUAUCAUAGAGUUUGGGAAAACUCUGGUGUUUAACACAGUGUGUAUAUUUGCGGGAGAUGGAUGCACCUUUGAUAUCAGCAUUAUCGUCUUUCUUUGCCUGACAUUUCUCCUCCUUCAGAACCUGACCAUCCCACUUUUCCUCAAGUAUGCUGAAGGGACCAACUACUUCGCCUUAGUCAGCUCCCUGCAGACACCACUUGUUCUACUGUUUUGGACCCUUUUCACAGAGAGCCCAUUUCUUUGGCAUCCACAUCUCCAUCUUAGCACAUGGCUCAGUCUGUCUGCAGUCUGCCUCAUCCUUCCAGCUAUAUACCUGUACAUUACUGGUGACCCGGAGAACUCUUUGUCAAAUGAGACAGCGUGUGCCUCUUCCAAUGAGAACACAUCGUGUGUGGGAAUCAACUCAGUCCACAAGUACGGGGCUGUGAACACCUCCUGAACCUCUGUAGGUGGUUCCCUGCUGAAUGUUAGACUGGAACUCUAAAAUGUGAUGACUGACGUUUUUUAUGUGAGAAAGGAAACUCUGAUGGUUAUGGAGUACCACAUGUUUUGUGAAGGAAGAUCCCUUACCCUGUCAUGGAGGAUGUCCAGUGUGUGAUGGAGGCCCCCUUAUGGUUCCUGUAGUACCCCAGCCCAGCCCUUGAUGUUUGGUGGAGAACCCCUGUUAUGGAAAGGGGGAACUCCUGUAUUAUGAAUUUGGAGAACCUGUGAUGUGUGAAGGAAGAACACCCCCCACCCCCACCCCACAUGUGAU